GGUGGGAUACAGAUGACAGUCACGCGCUGCAAUUGGCCAUUCUGUUGUCCAGAUGAACCCCUCUGAAGGCCCCACCCACCCUUCCUCUCAUCUUUUGCCGUGGCGCACCCCCAACCCCCCUGUCCUACCCUCUAGUCUGACAAGUCGACCCCCUGUCCUACCCUUUAGUCUGACAAGUCGACCCCGUCCUACCCUCUUGUCUGACAAGUUGAAUUGGGGAGCUGGCGUGGUGAAGUUGCACUUCCAAAAUUGAUGAUUUGGUGGUGGUGCGGCGAGGCCCUUAUUGUCCUGGGUGGAUGCAACAAAGGAUGUGGGGGGCUGGCCCCUUUAUAAACGGACAGAAGAAAGAACUUGAAAAUUUUGUCGGAUGCCCCUGAAAGAUGUGCCCAUUUUGUUCGAAUGCCCCUAUAACCGGGGGUAUCGUGUCAUGGCCUCCUGACAGUCAUCAAAAUUUGCCGAACUUCCCACUUGUCGAUUGGACUUGGCCACAUAUGGUUAAUAGGUGGUGUCAUUUCCGGCGAAUUUUUCACUCGACCUGGCAUGUUUCGCAUGUACCCCUAUUGGGCACCUGUUCAACUUGUCCAGAUGCCCCGGUACUCCUGAGCGCUGGACCCUCCGAGUGCCCGAGUUUCACCCCAUCUCCUUUCUCGCGCGUGACCCACUGCUCAAACCCGGAGUGAAUCUCUCUCUCUCUCUCUCUCUCUCUCUCUCUCUCUCUCUCUCUCUCUCUCUCUCUCUCUAUCUAUCUAUCUCUCUCUCUCUCUCUCGUGCAGUCUUCUUUUCGUCGAGCGAACUGAGCAUCCACGUGGGCGAUGGGGAUCCUGCUCCUUGAGGAGACUCAAAUCGUACUUUGUUUUUCACAUCGGCAUUAUUUAGAGCAUACUGACACGAGCACUUUUUGGAAUAAGCUCUGGAGGUAGUUGCCGUCAGAUGCAUCCAGGUCAUGGUGGAACUCCGGUCAGGUGCAUCCACCGAAGCCCUACAGUAGGGUGAGUAUGCCCUGAGAGUAGGAGGUCAAGAAAAGAGGUGGGCGAGUACGUCGGCGCGGAAUGCGGCGCUCUACUGUUCGAAAUCUUGCCUCCUCACCACCCUGGCUUCGGCUGAAGGUUGUCGUCGCCGCAGUGUGUAGUACCAUUCCGUUCUGUUCUGUCCCGUUCACGGCGUCCUUCGUCCAGGUGAUCCCACUGUAAUCACUCACUGAUGAUCCGUCCGCCAUCGCUGCUUGUUCCUGGUUUGUGCCGCUGUGGGACCGGAAUUGCUGCUGUCCGCCGGCACGUGUCAGGGUUAGGACAUCAUCUGACGUGGCUAUUAUCGGCCCAAAGGAGUGGCAGGGAGGGGAGAGAAGAGAUCAUCAGCCAGGCCCUCGGAUCUUCAACAGCGUCUUCAAGCUCACGGCUUUUGUCACGUCCGCCAUGGCAUCGACCGAGACUGAGGGAGACUGCGACGAUGGAUCGGAUGGCGGCCUCGAACUCGCGUUCUUUCGCCAUUGCUGGGCGGCUGGGAGAGCCCGUCCCCGACAGCAUCCUUGUUGUUCCUCCUUUUGCGGCGGGCAUCGCGCAACAACACCUGUCAAUGAGGCGCCGGUUCUCGACCUCAUCAGCAGCAGCUUGCGGUGCUGUUGAAGUGCCGCGUGGCAAUGAAUCGAGCAGCUUAGCAGUCGGCAAGGAGGCAAGCGUUGUCAUUGCUGGAGAUACCGCCGCCCCCGUGGACGCGGGGAGGCAGGAGGAGGAUCUGCAGACGUCAUCAUCGUCGGCGGCGCGCAGUGAAGGCGACGGGAAGGGUGGCGGGAAAAAGCUGCUGGAUUUGUCGCAGUUCCCGCCAUCUCGAGUGCGCAAUUUCUCAAUCAUCGCUCAUGUGGAUCACGGCAAGUCCACUCUGGCAGAUCGCUUGCUAGAGCUGACACGUACGAUCCGCAAAGAUCACGGCCAGCCGCAAUACCUUGACAAGCUACAGGUGGAGAGAGAGAGGGGCAUCACCGUCAAAGCACAGACCGCCACAAUGUUUUUCGAUUACCCUGACGUAGCUUCUGCUGCAUCACCAUCUUUUCCUAACCCGUCAGGACAGCCAGGACCCACUGCCGAACCUACUCCCAAACCUGCACUCCCACUUUCCCGAACGGUGGUGAAUCCACCACCACCAGGGUUUGCUUCACUGUUAGCUACUACAACGGACUCGGUUCCAGGCCCAGGUCCAGGUCUAGGUCCAGGUCCAGGUCCAGGUCCAGUUUCAGUGCCAGUUGCAGGACGUGGUCAUGGUCUGUCCAAGGGGGCUGGGGUGGUGGGGCGGUACUUGCUGAAUCUUGUAGACACCCCGGGACACGUGGACUUCAGCUACGAGGUGUCCCGUUCACUAUCAGCAUGCCAAGGGGUCCUCCUUUUGGUGGACGCCUGUCAAGGGAUCCAGGCCCAGACUGUUGCAAACUUCUAUCUGGCUUUCGAAGCUGGUCUUACCAUAAUUCCAAUCGUCAACAAAAUUGAUCAGCCGAACGCCGACCCAGAGCGUGUGAUCUUGCAGUUGGAGCGCACAUUUGACUUGCCGGCAAGCGAGGUGCUGCUGACGUCAGCAAAAACUGGUCAGGGGCUGCACGCUCUGCUUCCGGCCGUGAUCGAACGCAUCCCGCCCCCAGGUGGUGAUCCCCUGCAACCCUUGAGAAUGCAAGUCCUCGAUUCUUUCUACGACGACUACAAGGGGGUGAUUUGUCACGUGGCCGUCGUGGACGGGUCCUUGAAGAAGGCAGACCGAGUGGUGUCCUGUUCCACCGGUCAGAGCUACGAGGUGCUGGAUGUGGGGAUAAUGCACCCUGAGCUCACGCCGACCGACGUCCUGCUGACCGGACAGGUUGGGUAUGUGAUCACGGGAAUGCGGAGUACGCAGGAGGCCAGCGUGGGGGACACCUUUCAUCAUGCCAAGUGCCCAGUGGAGCCGCUGCCUGGGUUCAAGCCCGCAAAACACAUGGUCUUUGCAGGGGUCUAUCCUGCAAACGGUUCGGAGUUCGAGGCCCUCGAGAGCGCUGUCGCCCGACUGACUUGUAAUGACCCCAGUGUGUCCGUCAGCAAGGAAACCAGCGGUGCCCUUGGCGUUGGCUUCCGCUGUGGGUUCUUGGGGCUCCUGCACCUGGACGUUUUUCACCAACGGCUCGAUCAGGAGUACGGAGCUCAAGUCAUCACCACCACUCCCACUGUUCCCUACGUAUUUGAGUAUGCAGACGGGACCCGCUUGGAUGUGCAGAAUCCAGCCACGGUCCCCGCACGACCCACAUCACGUUUGGUAAAGGCCAUGGAGCCGGUGGUCACGGCAACCAUCAUUGCCCCAGCAGAGUACGUUGGCAGUCUGAUGACCCUUUGCACGGAGAGGAGAGGGGAGCAGCUCGAAUACUCCUUCAUUGACAGCAGCCGGGCCUUGCUCAAGUACCGGCUUCCUCUCCGGGAGGUGGUCACCGAUUUCUACAACCAGCUCAAAGGGUUGACCUCAGGAUACGCCUCCUUCGACUACGAAGAAGCCGGGUACCAGGAGGCCGAUUUGGUGAAGAUGGAUGUGCUUCUGAAUGGCCAGCCGGUUGAUGCCCUCAGCUCCAUAGUCCACAGGAGCAAGGCGCAGCGCGCAGGCAGAGAGCUCGUGGGGAGGCUGAAGAAAGUCAUUGACAGGCAAAUGUUCGAGGUAACGAUCCAAGCAGCCAUUGCAGGCAAACCCAUUGCGUCGGAAACGCUGUCCGCCAUGCGUAAGAACGUCCUAGCGAAGUGUUAUGGAGGAGAUGUCACUAGAAAACGCAAACUACUGGAGAAGCAGAAGGAAGGGAAGAAGAGGAUGAAGAGAAUAGGCAGCAUAGAUGUUCCCCAAGAGGCCUUCCAUCAGUUGCUGAAGACCUGAGCCAAUAAAUUGUCCAUGAUGUU